GAGAUGCAGGUCGAGCUCAAGCGCCUGCAGCGCGAGACCGGCAUCACCUUCGUGUUCGUCACCCACGACCAGGAAGAAGCGCUGACCAUGUCGGACCGCGUCGCGGUGAUGUCCGACGGCGAGGUGCAGCAGGCCGGCAGCCCCGGCGAGAUCUACGAGCGCCCGGUCAACCGCUUCGUCGCCGACUUCAUCGGUGAGACCAACUUCCUGGCGGCCGAGGUCGCCGAGCGCGGGCGGCGCUACCGCCUGCCCGGCGGCGCCCUGCUGUCCGGCCACGAUCCGCACGACCAUGCCGAGGGCGAGCGGGUCACCCUGGCGCUGCGCCCGGAACGCGCGGACCUGACGGCCGAGGGCGAGGCGGAUCUGGCCGGCCGGGUCGAGCGGGUCAUCUACUUCGGCACCGACACGCUCUACUUCGUGCAGCUCGACGGCAUUCCGGGGGAAUUCCAGGUGCGCGUGCAGAACCGCGACGGCGCGGCGGCCGAGGUCGCCGCCGGUGCUGGUCGACUGAUGGCCUCCGCCGUCGCCUCGCUCGCCGACCUGCUGCGCCGCAACCGGGCCGCGCGCCUGGUCGCGCUGAUCGCCCCGGCGCUGCUGAUCAUCGGCGUCUUCAUGGUGCUGCCGCUGGGCCUGAUGGCCUACGUCUCGAUCCUCGAGCGCGGCAUCAACGGCGGCGUGCAGUGGGGCGUCCACACGGUCGAGGCCUAUAUCGCCUUCGUCUUCGAGGAGAACCUGCUCGGCGAGCUGGCGCUCAAUCCGGACUACAUCCAGAUCUUCGCCCGCUCCUUCCUGCUGUCCUUCGUCACCAUGGCGAUCUGCUUCGCCAUCGGCUUCCCGGCCGCCUUCUACAUGGCGCUGCAGCCGGAGAAGUACCGCAACCUGCUGAUCUUCCUGGUGACCAUUCCCUUCUGGACCAACCUGCUGGUGCGCAACUACGCCUGGAUCCUGCUGCUGCGCAGCAACGGGCUGGUGAACGAGGGGCUGUUGGGCCUGGGCCUGAUCGACGCGCCGAUCACGCUGCUCUACACCAACGUCGCCAUCGCCAUCGGGCUGGUCUACUCCUUCCUGCCCUUCAUGGUGCUGCCGAUCUACGCCAGCCUGGAGAAGAUCGACCUGCGCCUGGUCGAGGCGGCCUUCGACCUGGGUGCCAACAAGCGCCGCGCCUUCGUGCGGGUGAUCGUGCCGCUGGCGCUGCCCGGCAUCGCCGCCGGCUGCAUCCUGGUCUUCAUCCCCUCGCUGGGGGCCUUCGUGACGCCGGAGCUGCUCGGCGGCUCCAAGUCCAUGAUGAUCGGCAACCUGAUUCAGAGCCAGUUCGGCGCCGCGCGCAACUGGCCGCUGGGCGCCGCCCUGGCCUUUGCGCUGCUGGCCAUCGUGCUGCUGGCGAUGAUGGUCUAUCUGCUGCGCUUCCGGUUUCCCGGCGUCGGGCCGGGGGCGGCCUUCUUCUUCGCCUAUCUCUAUCUGCCGAUCGUCAUCCUGAUCGUCUUCUCCUUCAACGAGAACCGGCAGGCGACGAUCUGGACCGGCUUCUCGCUGGACUGGUACCGGGUGGUGCUGGGCAACGACGACAUCCUGGCGGCCGCCGGCAACUCCCUGAUCGUCGCGACCACGGCCACGCUGAUCGCCACUUUCGCGGCGCUGCUGGCGGCGCUGGGGAUGGCGCGCGGUCGCUUCCGCGGCCAGGACGCGGUCAACGCGACCAUCGCCUUUCCGCUGGUCAUCCCCGAGAUCGUCACCGCGGUCGCCACGCUGCUGUUCUUCGUCGUGCUCGGCAUCCAGCUCGGGCUGACCACGGUGAUCAUCGCCCACACGGUCUUCUGCAUCCCCUUCGCCUAUCUGCCCAUCCGGGCGCGGCUGGAGGGCAUGGACCGGGCGCUGCCGGAGGCGGCGGCGGACCUCUAUGCCAACGAGGUGCAGGCCUUCCGGCGGAUCACCCUGCCGCUGCUCUGGCCGGGCAUCCUCUCCGGCGCGAUGCUGUCCUUCAUCAUCUCGCUGGAUACCUUCACCAUCACCUACUUCGUGGCCGGCCCCGGGGCGACGACCCUGCCGGUCUACAUCUUCGGCAUGAUCCGCAUCGGCAUCACGCCGGAGGUCAACGCCAUCUCGGCCCUGAUGAUGGUGGUCUCGAUCCUCUUCGUCACGCUGUCGUUCCUGGUGGGGACUGGGAGUGCUCUGACAAUGAAGAAGACUCUGACCGCGGCCGUCGCCGCGGGGGCCUUGCUGGCCGGUGCCGGCACGGCCCAGGCCAAAGGCGAGCUGUUCCUCUACAACUGGUCCAACUACUUCCCGCCGGAGCUGUUGACCAAGUUCGAGGAGGAGACCGGCAUCUCCGUCACCCUCGACGUCUACGAUUCCAACGAGACCAUGCUGGCCAAGCUGCAGGCGGGCGCGGCCGGCUACGACAUCGUGGUGCCGACCGGCUACAUGGUCGAGAUCAUGGUCGACGAGGGGCUGGCGCUGGAGCUCGACACGGCCUCCAUGCCGAACUUCGCCAACGUGAUGGCGCCGCACGACUCGCCGGUGUUCGACCCCGAGCGCAAGUACUCGGCGCCCUACAUGUGGGGCACCACCGGCGUCAGCUACGAUUCGGCGCGCGUCGAGGGCGAGCUGCCGGAGUCCUGGGGCCCCUUCUUCGAGCCGCCUGAAGCGCUGCAGGGCGAGAUCGGCGCGCUCAACGACGAGACCGAGCUGUACAACGCGGCCGCCUACUACCUCGGCCUCGACAAGUGCACCGAGGACCCGGCGGAGGCGCAGCAGAUCCUCGACCUGCUCGAAGCCCAGAAGCCGCACCUCAAGAUGUACCAGUCCGACGGCACGAUCGACCGCAUGAUCGCGGGCGAGGUGAUCAUGCACCAGCAGUGGAACGGCGCCGCGCACCGCACCAAGGCCGAACUGCCGACCGCCGUCUUCGUCUACCCGAAGGAAGGCAUCACCUUCUGGACCGACAACUUCGUCGUGCCCAAGGACGCGCCCAACGUCGAGAACGCCAAGACCUUCAUCAACUGGAUGAUGGCGCCGGAGAACAUCGCGGUGGCGACCAACUACACCGGCUACAUGAACGCCAUCCGCGGUUCGGUCGACUAUCUCGACGAGAGCCUGGCCAACGACCCGGCCGUCAACAUGCCGGAGGCCUACGCCGACCGCCUGCGGCCGAGCGUCAACUGCUCGGUCAAGGCCCCGAGCAUGUCCGAGCAGCCCCCCGAGACCCUGACCCUCGCCCUCUGGGCGGUGAACCUGGCCAAGCCGCUGAACGGCAUCGGCGCCUGGGCGGCGGCGGUCGAGGCGCAGAUGGCCAAGGCGAAGGCGGAGGGCGCCGAGCUGCUGGUCAUGCCGGAGUACAUGUCCGAGCAGUGGCUGUCCUUCGCGCCGGAAGGGCUGGCGGCCGACGCGGAGAUCGCCUGGAUGGCCGAGCAGGCCGAGGCGGCGCUGGCGGCGAUCGCCGAGCUGCCGGCGCGCUACGACAUGGCGCUGCUGGCCGGCACCAUGCCGGUCACGGCCGACCCCCGGCCGGCCAGCGGCCCGCCGCACGUCAACCGCGCGCACUUGCUGCUGCCCGACGGGCGGGUGAUCCGCCAGGACAAGCUCUGCCUGACGCCCGGCGAGAAGGACCCGGACGCCUGGCACCUCAACACCGGCGAGACGCUGGAGCUGGUCGAGUGGAAGGGGAUGAAGCUGGCCACGCUGAUCUGCCUCGACGUCGAGCUGCCGGCGCUGUCCGGUCUGCUGGCGCCGGAGCAGCCGGACCUGCUGCUGGUACCCUCGAUGACCGCCAAGCUGUCCGGCUAUUCGCGGGUCUUCGGCUGCGCCAAGGCGCGCGCCGUCGAGCUGCAGGCCGCGGUGGCCGCCGUCGGCGUGAUCGGCGCCGCCUCGACCAACAAGCCGCGCGAGACCAACACCUCCGGCUGCAGCGUCUUCCUGCCUUGCGAGGAAAGCCUGGGCUUCGUCGGGCUGCACGACCAGAUCCCGCCGGUCGAGUCCUGCGACGACGAGGGGCCGAUGCUGAUCGCCCGCGACGUGCCGCUCGGCGAGAUCCGCCGCCUGCGCGAGGGCGGGGCGGAGGUCUGGCCCGGCGCCUGGGUGGCCGAUCAGGUCAAGCUGCACCGGACAGAGAUGCUGACGAUCUACAGCGAGGAUCACAGGUUUCAGGACGGCAAGGCGGAGCUGAUCGACGGCCAGCUCCUGCCGCCCUUCGAGAUGCCGCGCCGCGCCGAGAUGGUGCUGGAGCGCGUGCGCGCGGUCGGCCUGGGCGACAUUCUGGAGCCGCAGGAUUUCGGCCUCGGCCCGCUCGAGGCGGUGCACGACCCCCGCUACCUCUCCUUCCUGGCCUCGGCCUGGGGCGACUGGAUCAAGACCGGACGCGAGCACGACGCCCUGCCGCUCAACUGGCAGAUCCGCGGCAUGCGCGCGAUCGAGCCGGAGACGAUCGACGGCAAGCUGGGCUACUUCUCCUUCGACGCCGGCACCCCGAUCACCGCCGGCACCUGGCGGGCGGCGCGCGCCUCCGCCAACGUGGCGCUGACCGGCGCCUGGCGGGUCAAGGAGGGGCUGCGUGCCGUCUUCUCGCUGUGUCGGCCGCCGGGCCAUCACGCCGCGGCCGACUACUACGGCGGCUACUGCUUCCUCAACAACGCCGCGAUCGCCGCCCAGUGGCUGCGCGACAGCGGCGCGGACAAGGUCGCGAUCCUGGACGUCGACUACCACCACGGCAAUGGCACCCAGUCGAUCUUCUACGACCGGCCGGACGUCUUCUUCGCCUCGAUCCACGGGCAUCCGCGCCAGGAGUUCCCCUACUUCCUGGGCUACGAGGACGAGACGGGCGCGGGAGCCGGCGCCGGGACCAACGCCAACUUCCCGCUCGACUGGGGCAGCGGCUUCGAGCGCUGGUUCGGCGCGCUGGAGGAGGCCGGCCGGCGCAUCGCCCGGUUCGGGGCGGAGGUGCUGGUGGUCUCGUUGGGGGUGGACACCUUCAAGGAGGACCCGAUCAGCCAGUUCCGCCUGGACAGCGACGACUAUCCGCGCAUCGGCAAGGCCAUCGCCGAGCUGGGGCUGCCGACCCUCUUCGUCAUGGAGGGCGGCUAUGCCGUGGAGGAGAUCGGCAUCAACGCGGUCAACGUGCUGACCGGCUUCGAGGAGGGGUUCAUGGAUAUCGCCAAGUACCUGCGCUGGAUCCCGCACGAGGACUACCGCAACCCGCCGCCCGUGGUCGGCGUGAUCCGCCUGAGCGGCCCGAUCGGCCUGGGCUCGCCGCUGCGCCGCAGCCUCAGCCUGGCCGAGCUGGCCGGUCCCAUCGAGCGCGCCUUCAAGCAGCCCCGGCUCGCCGCCGUGGCGCUGAGCAUCAACUCUCCCGGCGGCGCGGCGGUGCAGUCCGCCCUGAUCGCCAAGCGCAUUCGCGACCUGGCCGAGGAGAAGGGGGUCAAGGUCUACGCCUUCUGCGAGGACGUCGCGGCCUCCGGCGGCUACUGGCUGGCCUGCGCCGCCGACGAGAUCUACGCGCACGAGAGCUCGCUGGUCGGCUCCAUCGGCGUGAUCGCCGCCACCUUCGGGUUUCAGGACGCCAUCGCCAAGCUGGGCGUCGAGCGGCGGCUCUACACCGCCGGCGACAAGAAGUCCCUGCUCGACCCCUUCCAGGCAGCGCGCGACGAGGAUGUCGAACGCCUCAAGGGCCUGCAGGGAGAGAUCCACGAGUCCUUCAAGGCCUACGUCCGCGCCCGCCGCGGCGAGCGCCUCACGGCGGCGGAGGCGGAGCUCUUCUCCGGCGAAAUCUUCACCGGUCGCACGGCCCAGGAGCACGGCCUGAUCGACGGCCUGGGCGAUCU